AUGCUCCCAUACAGCUGGUUGAAGGAGAGAGACCUAGUGGCAAUGUUGUUUGAGACAAGACAUGAGCGAAAAUUCGGGUUGAACGUGUUCGGUUCGAAAGGCCUUUUUUUACGCGCCGCCUCGAACCUCGAAGGCGGUUUCGGUUUCGGCCUUCCGCUCACGCGGGCGGAAGCCAACCAAGGGCUUGUGCCGCCCGCCACGGCCGUCGCGCUGAUGGGCAACUGGGGCGCGGUGCUCAUUCUCGUCAUGCUCUUCAUGGCCGUGACUUCCGCUGGGUCUGCUGAGCUUGUUGCCGUUUCAACUCUGGUGACGUACGAUAUCUACCGUACGUACAUCAACCCCAAGGCGAACGGCAAGCAGAUCCUGCUGUGCUCCCGAAUCAUGGUGCUCGCGUUCGGACUCUUUAUGGGCGUCCUUGCUAUUGCGCUCAACCAGGCGGGAGUGUCCCUUGGCUGGAUGUACCUCGUGAUGGGUGUGCUUAUCGGAAGCGCCGUCAUUCCUAUCGCUAACGUGAUUCUGUGGAGGAAGGCCAACGGUUUUGGCGCUAUUGCUGGCUGCCUCAUCGGCAUGGUUGCGGGCAUCACCUCGUGGCUGGUGGUGGCCAAGGUGCAGUAUGGAGUGGUGGACCUAGACAGCACCGGAGCCAACUCCUCCACACUCACUGGAAACCUCGUCUCCAUCAUCACUGGUGGCGCCGUGCAUGCCAUUUGCAGGUACACCUUCCCCUCCCCCCUUGCCUUUAAGACACACUGA